AGCGCGGCACGAGCUUCACUCAUACUGUCUCCUUCCGGCGCGCUGACUGGGCGACACAUCGACGACCUCAAGCCUGUGCGCUACUCCGCAUACUUUGCUGUUGUGACGGGCGACAUCUGGCUUGUGACAUUAUCCGCGACUUCAUUAUUAAGCACGACGGUCAGCGAUCAUCCCGUCUGGAUCACACGAACGUCAACACUAUGUCUGCCGCACAGGACGAGAGUGACGUGAUCUCUGCAUUGACCGGCUUCUCUCUGGAUAACGUUCUAAGUGGCCUCAAGCUACCAGGCGGUGUUGCCUUGACGGAUCAAUUGGGUAUCGCUGGGAUCGAAAACCUUACAUCCCAAGAGAUUUAUAAGGAGAGCUGGGACGAUAAUGAAGCUAUAGGCCCCGGAGAGGGAGAGGACUGGGAGGAUGAGGUAGACAGGGAGUUGGAAGCUGAGGGAACUCCGGAAAGUGCAGGGGUGAAGACGGAGAUGCUCUCACCGAAGGAAAUGGGGCGAAAGCAGAAGCGCAAAAGGGUGGUACGACGCUUGGUGGAGCGGCCAAAAACUGUAUACGAGAGAUUUCCGACGUUCGAGAAAGAUAAAGUAUUGAAGUUCACCGAACUCUUCAAAGGUCACACCGUACAAAGGUCCAGAAUAUCCAAAAGACCAUUCCAUGUCAUCGAAGUACCCCCAACACGGAAGAAGGACGUGUCCAAAGGAUUCCUAGCCGCUAUUGUUGGUGACACAGAGCGUCAGGUGGAAAACAGGCGCGUCGAAGAAGUGGUGGCGUCCGGGAGCAUUGAAAUCGAUUUGAGGCGAGCAUUGGAGAAGAGGGAACAUGCAGGCGUGCCUGUAUCGUUGCCCCUUGAUGACCGGUCGUUUGACAUGGUCUUGCUCUCUAACUGGGAGGACCAGAUAGUAUACGAACCGGAGGAGGAUUCGGCCAUGGGUCCAGCCAACAACCCUGCCGACUUGACGACUCCUCAGAAUCAAGCGCUCGAAUCUGGUCUCUGGACUCAGAGCAUCAUCUGGAGUCCUCGUGCGCCAUUCAGGGACUUCACGCAAUUGGAGCUGAACGAGGAGGACAUAUCAGUUGAAGAGCGACCACCUAUGCAAGAUGUCGCCAGACCUCGGAAACGGUUUAGGACGGACAAUCAACCCAAAGACAAGUUCAACCUGUCGAACGACCAGUACUACGAAGUCAGCAAGGAAGGUGGCCGGCAUCGCGUCCGGCAGACGUUUGGUCAGCUCGUUGUCGAGCAUGCCUAUCCUGCUCAGAAGUUACAGUUACCAUUCUACAAAACUCGUCUUUCGAAGCAAGAAGCUCGCUCAUUCCAUCGCCCUGCGCUGCAAUUUCCGGCCAAUGUUGAGCUUCACUUCAGCAAGGUUCGUACGGCCAAGAAGAAGAAGGACAAGGCAGGCCGGAAGGUGGGCAAAGGUGGGAACGUCGGAGAGGGCCUGCACAAGACAGGUGACCUCAGUCUAAGGGACACGAGCAACUUCGUUCUGUGGGAGUUCUCGGAAGAGCACCCUCCCAUCAUUUCGAACUUUGGUAUGGGCAGCAUUCUGGUCAAUUAUUACCGGAAGAAGAACGAAAAAGAUGAGUACGUUCCGAAGUCCGACCUGGGAGAGCCUAUCGUCAUUGAACCGCAAGACGAAUCUCCAUUCAUGAAGUUUGGCUAUGUUUAUCCAGGGCAGACCGUUCCUGCACUGUACAGCAAUUUGAUACGCGCGCCCUUGUUUCGACAGAAGCCGUACCCCACGGAUUUCCUUGUCAUACGCUCGACGUGCAAGAAUGAUACGAAGUACUACAUACGUGAGAUCAAGAACUUGUUCGUCGUAGGGCAGACAUACCCGGUGACAGAAGUACCGGGCCCGCACUCCCGCAAGAUCACCAACACCAUCAAGCACCGAUUACAGAUCAUCGCUUUCAAGUUGUUGCAGAAGAGCUCGGAGGAGCGACUGAAGAUAUCCCGCCUGAUGAAGUACUUCCCUGAUCAAAAUGAGUUGCAAAUGAGACAGCGCCUGAAGGAAUUCAUGGAGUAUCACCGCCGAGGCCCACACCAGGGCUUCUGGCGCCUGAAGCCUGCGUGGUCAAUCCCUUCAGAUGCCGACAUGCUUAAGAUGGUGACGCCGGAACAAGUCGUUCUCUCCGAGAGCAUGCAGGUCGGGCAGCGUCAUCUCCAGGACGCCGGUUACAGCUUCAACGGCGAAGUUGCGGAGGAUGACGAGGGUAAUCUUUCGGUGGAGCAACAACUUGCUCCAUGGAUCACGACGAAGAACUUUCUGUUUGCCACGCAGGCGAAGGCAAUGCUGCGCCUCCAUGGCGAAGGCGAUCCCACCGGUCGAGGGGAAGCAUUCAGCUUCAUCCGGGUAUCUAUGAAGGACAUCUUCGUGAAGGCCGGUGAGGACUACGAGCAGAAAUUAGCGGAGGCCGAGAACCGACCGAAGUCUGCACAUCGAUACAACGUUGCUGAGCAGCAGCAGAUAUACAAAUCAGAGAUUGAGCGGAUAUGGAAAGCUCAGUUUGACUCGUUGAGUCGAAAGGACGAGCCUCAGCUCACUGAUGAGGAAGAGAAGGCGGUAGUGGACCAGAAGAUGCAGAGGAGGCAAUCCAUCGCAAACGCAUACACGCCCGUUGCGUCACCGAUAGCUCAUCGUGAAACCCCGGGACCUGCAUCGCCGGCCUUCAGUCGCGGAUCGUCCUUGGCAAGGGAAAUGAGUCUGGGACCCGACGCGCAAAGGAGAGUCCUCCGCAUCAAGCGUUUAGUCGAUGGCGAAUGGAAGCUCGAAAUCAUCCGCGACAAUGCUGUAAUCAGUGCCUAUGUGAAACGGCGGCAAGCUAUCGAGGAAGAGUCGACUACCGCCGAUGCUCUGGCUCCCACUGGAGAUGCGGACAAGGACAGGCGUGCGAAGAGGAGACUCGAGGAAGAGAUUGCGCGAAUGAAGAAGAAUCAAGAACGGCGGCUCCACCGGAAGAAUGCCAAGAUCGUGAAGGAAGGGGGAACGCCCAUGCAACUCAGCCGGCCUGUGAAGCCAGAUACGACGCGGCGAUGUGGGCACUGCGGCCAGAUGGGUCAUAUGAAAACUAACCGUAAAUGUCCUCGCUGGGCCGAGUUCAACUCGGGCAACACCCCGUCCCUGCCGACCCCAUCAGUUACAAGCCCUCCUGCUGCGUCCCCGGGCGGCUCGACGAGCUUCUCGUUUGGCACGGGUCCGGACAGCUUAUAUGUUCCGGGGACAUCAAACGCCUUGCGACCAAAUCCAUCUUUGAGUUUGGGGAGCCAUGGGCCUUCCCCGCUUGCGACUAGCCCGCCGGUGAUGGCUAUGGAUGACGAAGACGACGUGCCCCAGACUCCCUCGGGAUCUGGUCCGAAGAUAAAGUUGACCUUGAAGAAGACAUAGCACCUAGUUCUCUACGAGCGGCAUGUGUGGUGUAGGAUUUCUGCUUUGUGUACAUGUAGUCUAGCCCUCCAGUCAUAGUUGCACUUCUGUAAUUGUAGUGUUCACUUUCCCGCCAUUGGAGGGGCGGAAUUAGUCGGAUUUUGCGUAAUGUCGUGCUUCUGCGUGCGCAUCAAUGAUACGAGAACCGUUCGGGGGGUGGGUGACAUUGAUGUGGAGACUGCGGGGAAGUGCGCCGGGCCGCCGGCCGACUGGCACGGCAUUCACAGCACGCCGAGCGAUUCGCGCCAUCUGGACCCACUGGGGACAACAAGGCCGCCUGUAACUUAUUCUUGGGCUUGGGCAGCGC